UUUAUUGAUGUGUACUGACUAUAAGCUUAGUAAUAAAAAAAUCAGUUUAAAACAUUCAAUGGAUUCUUUAUUCAAAAAUACAGUUAAUCUUCGGAAUAAACGGAACAAUUCGGAUGUGUGGCGUCCGAGUUCACUUAUAAGCAUACCAAAACUGAAUGGAAGCAGCAGUUCCUCUAUAUUCGUAUCAAGUGUCAAUAAAAACAAGUUAAAAAAAUCAGAUCGAAGAUGGAAUACAAUAGUGACUAUCGUUCUCGUAGAGGCGAAAUGUUUUCCUUCGGUGCCUGAUGAUGGAGUAUCUCAUAGCGUUUAUUGUAAAUUUCAGUUGGGCAAUGAAACCUUUAAAUCUAAAAGUGUUCCAAGUAAUCAAAGGCCGGAAUGGAAGGAAAGAUUUCAAUUACAUCUCUAUAAUGACUGCAUAUUGGAUGUAUCCCUUUGGGAUAAGGGAAAAAUGAAAAACUUUAUGGGCAGUUGCAUUUUAGACUUAUCUUCCUUCGAAAAGGAACGCACACAUGAGAUUUGGCAGCAGCUGGACGAUGGCUACGGUGAAAUACAUAUUUCGAUAACGAUGUGUGCGAUUCGAUUCGCUGACAUAUCUCCAAGCCCUUCGAUUGAUUGUGAGGAGAAACAUGGUGUAUUAAAACUGCCAAGCGAUUGGAACGUAGUAGGCAUGUUACACGUAAAUCUUAUAGGCGCUAAAGGCUUAACUAGCAGACCGAAUGCAUAUUGCACGUUGGAGAUCGACAACGAGAGGGUGGAAACGCAUAGAGCCGGGGCAAGCACUGAACCCAAGUGGAAAAAAUGUUAUGUUUUUAAAGUAUACGAUGUCACAUCGACCUUGGAUCUCAAAAUGUAUGACAGUUCUCUGAGCAACGCGAUACUGAAUGAAUCCAUAGGGAAGGUGUCGAUACCCUUGUUGAGGAUAACCAAUAACGUCACGCGCUGGUACGCGCUGAAAGAUAGAAACAAAAGAAACAGCGCGAAAGGCAACUGUCCGAGGGUACAACUCCAGAUGUAUAUGGCCUGGAAUCCUGUUAAAGCUACCGUCAGGUUGUUUCAAUCCAAGGAGGUUAAAUAUAUAAAAAAUCCGCCUAAAUUUGAUGUUGCUCUUAUCUACAGCAAUAUGAAGUUUAUAUCAGACUUAUUGAGCUUAGCCGCUGAAUUGAACGAGUAUUAUAAGCGCCUUUUCGAAUGGGAGGAUAAGGAGUUUUCCUUCUUUGUACUGCUCGGAUGGUUAAUUUUUUGCUUCUAUCUUCGUCUGUGGUCAGUCCCUCUCUUACUUUUAAUUCCUUUCUUCGGUCACUGGAUAUUAAGAAAACGAGGAUCCGACAAUUCAAAUACACCGGGGAGCUUAAACGAUGACGUAUUAGAGAGUAUAUAUGUACAGGAAGACAAGACAUUCACUGGAAAAUUACAAGAUCUACAAAAAAUGACGUUCACUAUAAAAAAUGGAAUUGAAUUCAUAGUUUCCCACAUAGAGAGACUGUACAAUUUAAUUACUUUCAAGGUGCCAUUUCUGAGUUACGUUUCUAUGAUAUUAUUGAUUGUUGCGUCCGUCGGCUUGUAUUUGAUACCAUUCAAUUAUCUUCUCAUGACUUUGGGUAUAUACAAAUUUACGAGGAAAUAUUUGAAUCCGGACAGAAUAUUAAAUAAUGAUUUAUUAGAUUUCCUUUCGCGUGUACCGGACAAUGAGAUAUUGAAGGAUUGGAAAGAAUUAGGCGUACCAGAACCCAAUCAAGAUGCUCAAGUACAUUCACCGAGAAUCACAAGAUCUAUAUCCACCUCAAUUUGAGGCGAAUUAUCGAUUAAAUUCUUUUUAUUUGCAAUAGUUAUAAUAAAUAUGAUUAAACAUUAAAAUCACAAUCGUAUAUUAUGUAUA